UGCCGUCGGGUCCUCGGUGGUGAUGCUGCGCGCGGAGCGUCGCUCUGCGCUCCUACGUCUUUAUCUGCUGCCACAACCGCAGCAGUGGUCCAGGUUGACUCUGAUGAAACGGGGGGCAGAGAGCUGAAACGCCAUGACGGAGGAUCGUACUCGUUCCCUACCGUUUGUACAGCAGUGACGUCGCCGGUUGAACGUGUAAUAUAUCCAAAGGUGAGAGAGUGCGGAUAUCUCCUGAUUCACCCUGGACCACAGAUCCUCUCCAUCUGAUGCUGCUGACGGUGUGAUGCUGUAACGCAGCCUGCGUGCUUUUCUUCGGAAAGGCGCUUUUAUCCAAAGUGACCUACGGACAAUUAAAUUGCAUGUUAUUAGAGAGCAGAACCGGAACUUCAGAUAAGGGGUCGAAAUUUGGUGUUUCACAUUGUUUGAAUUCAGCAGCAGGAUGAUCGAGGAGGGCAGCAAACGGAGCAAGGCCAUGGUGGAGAAGAGACAGCUCUUCAUGGAGAUGAGAGCUCAGAACUUUGAUGUCAUCAGACUAUCCACGUACCGGACUGCCUGCAAGCUCCGCUUCGUGCAGAAGAGAUGCAACCUGCAUCUGGUGGACGUGUGGAACAUGAUCGAAGCCUUCCGUGACAACGGGCUCAACACGCUGGACCACAACGCGGAGAUCAACGUGUCGCGGCUGGAGACCAUCCUGUCUUCCAUCUACUACCAGCUGAACAAGAGGCUGCCCACCACCCACCAGAUCAACGUGGAGCAGUCCAUCGGGCUGCUGCUCAACUUCAUGGUGGCCAUGUAUGACAGUGAAGGCCAUGGCAAGCUGACCGUGUUUUCCAUGAAAGCCAUGCUAGCAACCAUGUGUGGAGGGAAGAUCGUGGACAAGCUGCGCUACAACUUCUCCCAGAUCUCCGACUCUAACGGAGUGAUGAUCUUCGCUAAGUUCGACCAGUUCCUGCGGGAGGUGCUAAAGCUGCCCACGGCCGUCUUUGAGGGCCCCUCCUUCGGCUACACCGACCACUCUGUGCGCACCUGCUUCCCCCAGCAGAAGAAGAUCUUGCUGAACACGUUUUUGGAUAUUUUGAUGGCCGAUCCUCCACCUCAGUGUCUUGUUUGGCUUCCACUAAUGCACCGACUCGCUAAUGUUGAAAACGUCUUCCAUCCAGUAGAAUGCUCAUAUUGUCGCAGCGAGAGCAUGAUGGGCUUCCGCUACCGCUGCCAGCAGUGCCACGGCUACCAGCUCUGCCAGAGCUGCUUCUGGCGUGGCCAUGCCAACGGUCCCCAUAGCAACCAGCACCAGAUGAAGGAGCACUCGUCCUGGAAGUCUCCAGCCAAGAAGCUGAGCCACGCCAUCAGCAAAUCCCUGGGCUGCGUCCCCAUGGGCGAGGCGCCGCACCCCCUCUUCCCAGAGCAGGCGGAGCGGCCGCAGGAGACACACACACACAACGUUCAGCCGAAGAGUGCCGCCCACAACAUGAACGACACACUGAUCAUGUCCACCGGGGCGCCGACCCCCACCAAGAGUGUUCUGGAGAGCCCCAGCAGGCUGGACGAAGAGCACCGUCUCAUCGCGCGCUACGCCGCCCGUCUCGCUGCCGAGGCGGGGAACUCUACGCAACAAUGUCCUCCCACGGAUCUGAGCUUCAACUUCGACGCCAACAAACAGCAGAGACAGCUGAUUGCCGAACUGGAGCACAAGAACAGGGAGAUUCUCCAGGAGAUCCAGCGCCUGCGUCUGGAACACGAGCAGGCAUCUCAGCCCACCCCUGAGAAGGCCCAGCAGAACCCCACCCUGCUGGCCGAGCUACGUCUACUCAGACACAGGAAGGACGAGCUGGAGCGCCGCAUGUCGGCCCUACAGGAGAGCCGGCGUGAGCUGAUGGUGCAGCUGGAGGGGCUGAUGAGGCUGCUGAAGGACGAGGAGCAGAAACAGACCUCGGGCGGCUCCCCCCAUUCCUCCCCGAGCCACGGCGCCGGCUGCUCCAUGCCCAUGCCCAUACGCUCCACGUCGGCGGGCUCCACGCCCACCCACACCCCCCAGGACUGCCUGGCCGGGGUGGGAGGAGACGUGCUGGAGGCCUUUGCUCAGGGUGUGCCUAGAAACCUCCGGAAUGACCUGCUUGUGGCUGCAGACUCAAUCACAAACACAAUGUCGUCGCUGGUGAAAGAGCUCCACUCAGUUGACGACCUCGUGGAGGAGGAGGAGGCCAACAUGAGGAACGGCAGGGAGAGAGGCACAGGGAGGGUACAGAAGCACUGAGGACAGGAACAAAAAUCUGAAGCUCCAUCCACCAGUGGUCACCUGGUUAAGGCACGCAAACCCCCACCACACCACCACAACCACCUCCACCGCCAGUCUCCCGAUGGCGUUAGCACGUAGAGUUAUUGCAUGCUGUACUCUACCAGGACUUCACUGUGUUGACACCACAGGUAUCCUUGCAACUCGCCAGAGAGAAGAACAAAAAAUGAAAAAAUUUAGCGUGUAUAUUGUUGUGUGUACAAAACAAACAAACUGCUGUAAUUUAACUGACCAUUUUAAUUCAUGUCUGCUAAGGAAUGGCUUUAAUGUGCUUUCUCUUCCCCUGAACUUUCUCUCCUCGUCGAGGAAGGCCAAUCUGUAUUAAAUAAUACUGUCAACAUGUGACUUAAGGGAACAAACCCUGCCAAUAACCUCCCCCAUCCUAUAAUGACAAUUUAUAUUUUCAUGACACGUUGCCAUUCAUUGCUUUUGUACAUUAGCUAUGGUAUUAUUUAGUUUUAUUCAUUUUGGUUUUUGUGCAUGACACUCAUUGGACACGGUGCCGUGUCACUCCAACUCUAUGUGGGUUUUUUGUCAGCUUACCUGAGGCUUUUCGGAACAACAGCCAGCCUCGGGAUUUCAAAUUGCAAAUUUAUAUUAUUAUCUGCUGUACAGCUGUGUUUGAGUUGAUAUGUCAGAGGCAUAUUCUGACAUCUUAUUUACUAAAGGAUGAAAUCAUAUAUGGAUUCUUAAAAUGUCUAAAUGCGAUUACUAUAAAACCGUGAUGCAUUCAGUUGGAAAAACAUUGUUGCAAUUACAAAACAGUAGGCAGGGAAAUCUUUUUUCCCAAAGGAAUCCAGUAAGCCUCAGUAAAUCGCUGAUCCAUGCCAAUAUAAACAAAAUCAGAACGCUCAAGUCCGAAAACAAUGGCAGCUUUCUUCUGUAAUUGGUUUCAGUGGCAAUAGUUCAUCAAGUAUUAUAUCAAUGACCGGAAACCAAGUUUCAAUAAAAGAGGUUUGAAACAGCGAAUUCCACCCCCAUCCCCAAAAAAAGAACAAUCUCUUGAACUUGGAUAUAAGCUAUCCUAGAUGUAGAAUAUCUAGACCAUACUGUCUAUACAUAAUAUAUCUAGAAUAGAGUGCCCCUAUCACGCUCACUGAGUAGUUACAGACUGCUGUGUGCUCGCCAAGCCAUGCUUGAAAAUACCAUGGGCUGUUUUGUUAGCGCUAGCAUAGAGUGGGAUUGGUAUCUGAAAAUACACUCACUUAUUAGUUAAUGUUUUGUCCCAGUAACUUAUAGAACCAAGUACCAACCAACCUUGAAGGGCAUUUUAACUUUUCCACAGCAUGGUGCCUCCUUCCAAAUAAACGGGCUAGCUUGAAAGUACGUACCUCAACGAUGUUUAGCUAGCUAGAGUCAAAGGAUUAGGGACUUUUGUUUUCAAAUCACAGAAUAGACACAUAGUGAGUAGGUAAGGGAGGAAAAAGAAGUGAAGAAAGUAUAAGUAAGUAGAUUCAAAAUGUAAGGAUAGCAUUAUAUAGAUGUAGAAAAGGCUUUGGUGACAAUAGUGUAUGUGCAAUGAACGUAGCCACUCAGGGACUGUAGAUCUACUGUGUGUAACGUAAUGGUGAUGGUCAUAAGAGACUGGCUAGAGUGAAAUUAUAUUGGGAAGGUUUUUAAAACGGUUCAGUGUCAAUCCAAAAUCCAAUCUGUCCAUUUUCAAAUCCCAGUGCAACUAGGGUAACAAAUCCAGAUUCCUAAACUUGGAUGUAUUAAGUACUGUUUUUCUUUUUCCCUUGGAUUUAAUUUUUUGCGCUUUAAUGGUUUCAUAUUAUUUUAAGUUAGUGCUGCUUUACCGAAUCCUAUCCUCCUCCGAGUAUAUUUUGUUUUGUUUUGUUGUUCUCUGAGGUGUCCACAAAGGGACUGAGAAUGUGAAUGGCUUGAAGGACACAUAUUCUCAAGCAAUGGAAUAUUCAGACGGAUAGUUUAUUGUUUAGUGUGUGUGUGUGUGUGUGUGUGUGUGUGUGUGUGUGUGUGUGUGUGUGUGUGUGUGUGUGUGUGUGUGUGUGUGUGUGUGUGUGUGUGUGUGUGUGUGUGUGUGUGUGUGUGCCUGGCAUGGAUAAUGAAUGAUACCUGGCCACAAUUAUGAAUCUAUCCCACAUUAAAAGGAUAUCUACUUGAUAUCUACUUGUCUUUAGUUCUCCAUAAUUGAUUUCUUGUUAUGUUUUUUGCGUGCUAGAUUGAGAGUAGCUGUUACUCUACUUUGAGACUGCAUAAUGUCUGGCUGUGACACACUACAGUGUGGAAAAAUAUUCGGAGCAAUGUAUUUGGCCCAUGAGGGAAAUAAAGACAGUUUGUUGGUCGCCUAGUCAAACAUCAGCCUUCCACCAGAUAAACUGCGCUUAAGGAAACGGAGUGGAGAGGGAAAUGUUGGCGGCGUACCAAAUGCUUUGCAGCUAGAUGUGUACACUAUAAGCUAAAUAUAAACAAAGUAUAAGGUCUGAACACACCUGUAACACUGUGUCAAGAAACCCAACAAUGACAGCAAGAAAGUUGUUGUUUGCUGACGUGAUGCUUUCGGUUCUGUUCUUCUUAUCGCCACGUUAGUUGUCACACCGCUUCUGUCUUGUACGAUCGCCGUGAUUAUAUUCAUCAUUUCGUCAAAAAUUGGAAGCCACGAUGUUGCUCUUGCCAUCGUGUCGCUCGCUGUUGGAGUAUGAUUGAUUGACACUCAUGUUUUUUAAAACUCUGUGAACACUUUGCAAGCAAUACUGUUCCAUCGGAGGCUCCGUCUGACCGUGAAGGUCAGAAAUUAAUUUCCGAAACCGAGUUAAUAGAAAAGGGGGAAAAAAACUGAGAGAGAGAGUGAGAGGAGCGAAUUCCUUUCUUCCCCUUUCACACUGGCCACUCAUUGGAAUGCAAUGUCGAGCUGUGUUACUUUUUUGAUUUACUUGUGCCUCUUUAGAUGUUGUCUAAAUGUUGAUAUGUGUGGCGUAACCAUUCUGCAAAUACCACGGCUUCUCCGGCUCCAUUUGCAGAGGUUUUCGUCUGUGUCCUUGAAAAUCUGACUUGAUUUGUUGCUUUAUGGGGGUGAAGGAGGGAGGAGAGGUUGAAUGGGGAUUGUGGGAAUAGGGUGUUGGGGGAGGGAAGGGGAGGUCCAGGGACACACAAUUGUGGAGCCUUUUUCCGUCUGUGCCAAAAAUAGUUUGCAGAAGUGUGUUUUAUCAAUACCGUGUCUAAGAGUAUAUCCGCAUUAGUGUGUGGUUAUUUGUCGCCUAUUAAUUCACGGAACGGCCUGAAGCUAACCCAUGUGUUUCAAAGGGUUCCACCUGUGUUAAAAUAACCUCCAAGCUCUCAUUCCCAUAGCGAAGCAUGAGAGCAGCGUUUCUUAAACUGAAAAAGCACUGAACACUCUGAUAAACUCUGGGCGAGCUGGAAUAGCUAAUUCCCAGAUCUGAGUUUUCGGAAUGAGCAAUGUGGAAAGACAAAAAAUUAUUUCGUCUUUCGGGCCCGAGAUAAAAAGGUUCAAGAAGCCCUACACUAGUAUGUAUGACCACUCUCUCUGCUACUACGGUGCAAUACAGUCGCCCACGUCACCACCACUACCACCAACGCAGCUGGCAAGAAGCAGGCAACACUGGAUACUCUAUGUACCAGAUUCUGCAUGAUAGUACACAUCUUACAAAGUACUCAGAGCCUGUGUUUAAUGUAUUGAUUUGAUUGAUUGAUUUGAUUUGCAAUGAUGUGGAAAGGGACAAAAGCAGCUCUCCUGAUGUUAUUUAUGUGUGUGUGUGUGUGUGUGUGUGUGUGUGUGUGUGUGUGUGUGUGUGUGUGGGUGUUUUUGUGUGUGGGUGUGUGUAUGUGUGAGUGCAUGUAUGUGUGUUUCCUCGUGUUCAUUUGACAGAAUCAUAGUUUAAUGUCACAUGGCCACUGUCUUUUGUAAAUACAUAAAUAAAUUGUGAACUAUAUUAAAAGAGAUUUAAAAUAUG